AUGCCAAAAAAAUCAACUAAUUUUUGUGAGGAUAAUAUUGCUGCAGCAAUACCAGCUGUUGAUAAUGGCAUGUCAAAAAAAUCAGCUUCCAAACAAUUUAACAUCAAUAGAUCAACCUUGCAAUUUAGACUUAAAAAUAGAGACAGACCAACAUUUAAUUGUGGCCCUUCAAUUAGAACAAGUGAACACGUGACAUCUGCAAGUGCAAAUGUAAGUGAGCAAAAUAUUAGGAAGUGGUUUGACGAUAUUCAUCAAUAUUUAUCUGAUGAAAAUUUGUCAAUUAUUUUAAACGAUCCUUCUCGAGUUUUCAAUGGAGAUGAAACAGGUUUUUCUCUUUGUCCUAAAAUAAAUUCUGUCCUAGGGCCAAAAGGGGCAAAAGAUGUCUAUGAAGUGGCCAAAGUAAACGAGAAGGAAAAUUUAACUGUUAUGUUUACCUUCAAUGCGGCAGGAAUUAUGUGUCACCCAAUGGUUAUCUGUAGCUAUAAACGUAUUCCCCAACAUAUAAUUGAUUCUGUACCUCCUAAUUGGGGCGUUGGAAGGUCUGAUACAGGUUGGAUGAAGGCUGAAGUGUUUUAUGAAUACAUUGCUAAUGUUUUUCAUCCUUUCUUGAUUGAAAAUAGUAUUCAAUUUCCUGUUAUUCUCUUUGUCGAUGGGCAUAAAAGUCACCUUACAUACCAACUAAGCAAUUUGUGUUCGCAAUUAAAUAUAAUUCUUAUUGCUUUGUAUCCUAAUGCUACAAGAAUAUUACAACCAGCUGAUGUGGCCGCAUUUAAACCUCUUAAGUCUGGUUGGAAAAAGGGAUUAUUUGAGUGGCGUAAUCAAAAUCCAAAUUGUGCAGUUACAAAGAAAGAUUUUGCCCCAAUAUUAGAUCAAGUCAUAAAAAAUACUGUGAAAAGUGAAGUUUUGACUAACGGUUUUAGGGCAUGUGGGUUAUACCCAUGGAAUGUAAAUCAAAUAGACUUUAAGAAAUGUUUAGGAAAAAAUAAAGGUCCUGAAUUAAAUGAUACAGAUGAUAGUGACAUUAAAAAAAAAACCCAAAAGUAUUCAGAAGAAUUUUUUACUUUGUACAGAUUAUUUGAAAAAUUAAAGAAGGAUAAUAGUGAUGAGAGCACUAUUCGAUUAUCACCAAUAAAUUCUACUGCCCAACCUUAUGAUAUUAAUGGUACUAAUCAAAUAUCACCAUGCAACUUUAAAGCACAAUCUCCUGAUUGUAUUGUUAUUAAUAAUCAAAAUGAACUAUUAAAACAACAGACAUAUAUCACAACAUCAAGUAACAUUUUAGAAAAACCUGUAAACACACCUACAAACCUUGUUAAUGUUAAAAAGUUAAAUAUAACACCAAUAGAGUCAUGUCUUGUGUGGCCUGUAACUCCUGAACGAAAAAACAAUAGAAUGACUGAACGAGUUCCUUAUGUUAUAACAUCCAAAAAUUGGAAAUAUUUGUAUGAACAGAAAGAACAUGCUAAACGAACAAUUGAAGAAGACAAAGAAACAAGAAAAAGACUUAGGGAGGAAAAUAAAAUUUUAAAAGCAAAUCAACCCACUAAAUUAACAAAGCAAAAAGUUAUAAAAAAUCUUUUCCCAGUACUUAAUAAAAAUAAAAAACCGACAACUGUCACUAGCCAAACUAUUAGUUAUAAACAUUUUGGAGGUACUAAUAAUGCGGACAUAGAUCUUGAAGAACCUUUCAAUAUAAAUGUAUUUAAUAGUGUAAUUGAAAGUGGUUGUUGUAUUUCAUGUGACACUGAAAUAAAAGUUACUGAUUUGGGUGUUGAGUGUAAUUUUUGCAACAAUAAAUACCAUCAACGAUGUGCUAUGAAAGAUACCAAUGAUGAUCUCAAUUGUGAAGAUAUUCUCUUUAUUUGUCAAAACUGCGAAAAGGCUGUAUACAUUAAUUAA